AUGGACGGGCUAAUCGAGGAGCUCAGCAAUACCAAAGUCGGAUGCCACGUUGAAGGCGUUUGCGUCAAGAAUAUCAGCUACGCAGACGAUAUGGUGCUGCUGAGCCCCUCGAUAGGUGCUCUCAAGCGUCUUCUGCACAUUUGUGAACGUUAUGCGGUGGCCCAUGGACUCAAAUAUAAUGUUAGUAAAAGCGAGUUGAUGGUUUUCAAGGUAGGUAGCAAAACCCAUACUGUGCCGAGGCUCACUCUCGCAGGUUCUCCGUUGAAAACAGUUACAAAGUUUAAAUAUUUGGGUCACUGGGUCACUGAUAACUUUAGCGAUAAUCUAGACAUAGAGCGGGAGCGGAGGUCGUUGGCCGUCCGAUGUAACAUCCCGCAGCCCGCAGCUUUUUGUGUCUCCUUUUACUCGUGCGGCCUGUGGUUGGACUACACGCAGGGGGCGUACAAUGAACUUCGCGUGCAAUACAACAACGCGUUCCGUGUGUUGUUGGGGCUGCCGCGGCGGUGCAGCGCGUCCGGCUUAUUCACCGAGGCGAGGACUGACGGUUUCGCAGCCGUGAUGAGGAAGAGGUGUGCCUCCCUGGAAGCACGGUUACACGCCAGCCCCAACCGUAUCCUGAGCGUGUUUGCGAGCUGCUCGGACAGCCCAAUGUUGGCCCGGUGGAAGUCAUUGCACGUUAAAAUAUGA